AUGUCGUCCAAAUCUCGGGAGGACAAGUCCUCCGGCGGCUUCCAUCAGGAUUAUAUUGCGUCCCUCCGUUAUCGCAAUGAUCUUCCUCCGCCUCACAUGCCCCCAAAGCUUCUCGACAUUCCUCACGAUGGUCUCCACCGCUUCAUCACUCCAGAGUUUGCCUUCAAUCUCGCGCGGCGAGAGGAGCCGAACGUUGACGUGGACGCGGAGGGUGGCAUGCCCAUUGACCUUGUUGGUGUACCAGGACUGCACUUGGGAGAUGAGAGUGCUAUCAUGGCCCCCGAGCACCCUCAACCCUUGGACCCCGCCGACCUUCCGCUUCUCAUGACGCUCGAGCAACUCCGCAACCCGGCUCCUAGAAACACGAACGUCAGCUUCCUGCGCCGUACCCAGCACAUUUCCGUCGAUCGUACUACAACUCCAGGCGGUGGUGUGCCUGGCAAACCCUUGAAGAGCCGAUUUGUGAAGAAGACAAAGGUCUCCGUGGAAGACCCGAAACAUAUCAAAAAGUUCAUCAUGAAGGGUUUCGAUCUUGCCUAUCCUCAUACCAAGCACGUUGGUGAAGACUCAGAAAGCCAAGUCAAGGGUCUCUCCUCGACCAAGGCGGAAUUCGAUGCAUGGGAACGUCCAGUCCAUCCAGACAAUCCGAGACUGAAGCCAGUCGGUGUUUACCCGCUCAUGCCUGACUUGUCUGGCUACCCUGAUCCCGGUGGUUUCGUUCAAUUCAAAUUCGACAAGGCUCCAGUGCCGGCUGUGGGAGGCAAACGUGACAAGCGCAUGGAUGUGGCUUUGCUCCACCCAUCGGCACCUGAAGAGCGCGUUUGUCAAGAGCACGCGUCCAAGCAGGCUCUUCACAAGUCCAAUCCCGAGCUCCACCCUGACCCCGGUCCUGUUCCCUUCGACUAUGACCUUCACUUGCCCGAAAAGAUGGAGCAUGUCAAGCAGCUCCUGGCAAGCAUGGAUCUGAAGAACCCCGAUAGGGAUAACGAGGAUCUCUACACCCACGAGAGCGCGGAGGGCACAAAGUACCACCGAUUCGAUCGCGAGCGCACCUUUGCGACCAGCGCUCAAGUUCUCAAUACCGAUCCCAAGCUGAGAGACAUUGCUCUCACGCUGUACAAGGCGGAGGAAGGCGACAGCAAGCAGCAGGCCGCAUACUACUAUCCCAUCAUCAGCAAGGUGCGGCUAAAGCUUGAACGUGCUCGCACAAUUGCCCAAGUUGGUCUUGCACCUGCCGGGUCGCAGUUGCCGGAGGAAAAGAUCGACCAAUUGCACAUCACUGUCCGCGACCCUGACGAGGCCGAGAACUACAAACGGUCUCUGCAUCGCGCGAAUGUGGACCCCAAGUUCGCGCGGACCUUGCCACCACCUCCUACCCAGGAAGUUCCCCAGGAACAUGGGGAUGCCGAAGAUGAUGAUACCCGGAUGAGCGACGAUUGA